AUUCAGUCGUUGCAUCCCGCCAGUAAUAGCAUAUUAUUCGAUAAAUCGGUUUCUAGUUUAAAAUGCUAUCAAGCUAUUGAAUUUUAGAAUUUUGGAAAGUGAAAAACCCGACUGGAAGAUUUUGACUAUUCAGGAUAAUUUUUCGGAUAAUUGAAAAACUGAUCCAGCAUAAAGAGAAAUAUAAUAAGACUUCAUCGAAAUUAGCCGAAUUAAACAAGAAUGGAAUAAAAGAAGUGAAGAAAUAGAACAAAAUAUACAAAGAGAAAAUAACGCUAAGACUCAUUUAGUGUUCAGUAAAUGAAAAACAUGAGUAAUCGAUUGCGAUUAAUAUCCUUAAUUCUUCUCAUUUUCUGUUCUUCAAUCAACUGUAAAAGAAGUGAACAAAAAUGCGAAGAAAUCACAAUUCCUCUCUGCGUUGGAAUAGGUUACAAUUUUACAAAAAUGCCAAACCAGUUCAAUCACAUGAGUCAACAUGAAGCUGGUCUGGAGGCUCACCAAUUUAUCCCUCUGGUGAAAAUUGAUUGCUCUCCAUAUUUAAAAUUUCUUUUAUGCUCUAUGUAUGUUCCAAUUUGCCUGAAAAAUUAUCAUAAACCUUUACCAGCUUGCCGGAGUGUUUGUUUAAAAGCUCGAAGAGGAUGUGAACCUAUUAUGGAAAGGUAUGGAUUCUUCUGGCCGAAGAGAAUGGAUUGCAACAAAUUACCUGUCCACGGAGACACCAAAAACCUGUGCAUGCCAUACAACGUAACAGAGCCACGCAGGAAACCCGAAAACUGUCCGUGCAGGUGCAGUGGUUCCUAUGUUCCAAUAACCAGUAAAAGGAGUAUUUUAUAUAACCAAGUGCGCACUGGAGGAGUUUUAAAUUGUGCUGAAUCGUGUCAUUCUGCUUUUUUUAAGGAUGACGAAAAAACUUUUGCUUCAUUUUGGAUAGGCUUAUGGGGAGCCCUUUGUUGUAUUUCCACCCUCAUGACGGUCAGUACGUUUCUCGUCGAUAGAGAUCGUUUUCGUUACCCUGAGAGACCAAUUGUUUUUUUGUCGGCGUCCUAUUUACUUGUUUCUAUUGGAUACUUAAUUCGGUUAAUUGUUGGACACGAAAAGAUUGCAUGCGAUGGAAAUGUAUUAAGAUAUGGUUCUACUGGUCCAGCUUUAUGCACAGCCGUUUUCUUUCUUACAUACGCUGGAGCAAAUGCUGCCUCUGUUUGGUGGGUUAUACUUACUUUCACCUGGUUCCUUGCCGCAGGUAUUAAAUGGGGUCAGGAAGCGAUAUCGAGUUACUCUACUUAUUUCCAUAUAACGGCAUGGUUCAUUCCAAUUGCUCAAACCAUUGCUGUUCUCUCAUUGUCUUUGAUCGACGGAGAUCCAGUUGCUGGCAUUUGCUCUGUUGGUAAUACUUCUUUAGCUUCAUUUAGAGGUUUUCUCCUUGCGCCUCAACUCGUCUACUUGAUGCUCGGAUCUGUCUUUCUUCUAGCUGGUUUUAUGUCAUUAUUUAGAAUACGAUCCGUCAUCAAAGCUCAAGGACGUUCUAGAACUGAUAAACUUGAGAAAUUAAUGAUCAGAAUUGGAGUGUUUAGCGUCCUCUAUACAUUGCCAGCAGCCACUGUAAUAGGUUGUUUAUUCUACGAAGAAAGAGAACGGCUGAAUUGGCAGAGGUCAAUUAAUUGCGACUGUAUUAAGAGGAAGCAACCAGAUUUCUCAGUGUUUAUGCUUAAAUAUUUUAUGCAACUAGUUGUAGGUACGACUUCCGGAUUUUGGAUUUGGACUAGUAAGACCUUAGACAGUUGGAGAAAAUGUUUAACUCAUGCCUUCUGCUGGAGAAGACGAAGGGAAUUAAGAGAAGGAAGUGUACGAAGUGAAGCAAAAUACGCCCCCUAUCGUGCUAAUCAAGUAAAAUUGUUAACGCCUUUAACGAACGUUUGA